AUGGCGACGCGUCUGGCCGCCUGCGAGACGUGCCGCAAGGCGAAGCUCGCCUGUGAUCACCAGCAGCCGGUCUGUUCACGCUGUCAGAGCAACGGAGGAAUCUGCAUCUACCGCACGGCGCCGUUCAAGCGGAGGCGCACCGAGAAACCGAGUCUACGCUCUCCAGACCCGUCACCGUCCUUCAGUCCUAGAUGUAAUCCAUAUCCGAAUCCCGGGUACCUGGGCUCGUCCAGCCAUGCCGCCAUUUUCGAACAUAUCGCGUCCGACGACCUCAGUCACGGUGCUGCUCCAGAACCAGACGCACCAGCACGAUCAGUCGGCGAUAAUUAUUUGUUGUUACAGGGUGCAGAUGUUCUCCGACACCUGCUCACCGAGUAUUCAUUGUCUGCCAUGAAAGAACUGAUCACGUUCUGGCUAGCCAAAGGAGCCAACCUGGCCCUCGCCGAGCCGUUCGUCGCACAAUGCGCCGAAAGUGUGAGCCAGCUCUUCACAUUACACGACGACAAUUGGCACCUGGUAUAUGCGCGACGUCUAUUGCAAAACUCUGUAAAGCCGCUUCAGUUCAACGAGAAUUCCGAUCUCGACGCCUUCUCGGCCCAAUUCUUGAAUCACAACUCCCGAUGGGAAACCCUGGGCAUUUUCUUUGCAGCAGUGAGCAGGGCCACCAUUGAUAUUCCCUUCUUUCCAUCCCUUUAUUCGAAGGAAGAAGAGCAGUACACGUUGAGGAGACUUGCGACCAAGCUGAGUGAUUUUGCUUUGGAGAUCUCGCUUUCUUUAGACUGCUUGAAUGAUCUACAAUUGAUUGUGCAGUAUGAGAAUUUUAUUGUCCACUCGUACGUGGAUGGCGACCAAAGCUACCACUCAUGGCGCAAACUCGGCGAUGUGAUAUCUUCAACCUUUGCACUUGGCUACCACGAGAACCUUGAGACGAAACCUGGAAUUCCCAUCUUCCUCAUGGAACUACGUAAAACUGCGUUCGCCCGAAUCUACUCAGCAGACAAGAAUAUUGCCAUCUUCCUCGGCCGACCACCGCGGAUGAACAGGCGUUUUUGCCACUUUCAGAUCCCGUCAGAUCACUUGCCUCCGCGACAAGGCAAUCUACACGAAUGGAACCCAGAUUCAAAACCCGGAUACCGGGCAGAUACACGCUGGUCCGCGCUUUGCGCAUUCCUGAAAGAAGAGGUGUGGGAACUACUACAGGACAAACAUGAUGCAUCUUGUGUCGAGCGGGCAAGCAUCAUUCAAAGGAAAACCGAAGAGCAGUGGAACGCUCUCCCUGCUCACUUCCGCCUUGAAUGCAGUCUCAAACAGUGCGCUCAGAGUCCAUUCCAGCGAGAUUUCCUCGCUCACGUACGGCUGACACAUCUCCACGUCCUCUUCCUUCUUCGUCUACUAUUGUUAAACACACUCUCCGAGCCCGAUGUUCCCAUCAUCGAGACAGCGGGCCAGAUGCUUGCGCUCGUGGUGGAGAUCAUCCUCCUCCGCGACCAAUUGACUAAUUCUGGAACUGGUCUUAUCUGGAAGGUUGCGUAUUACGGUCUUCCAGCCGCGGGAAUCCUGCUUCUUGCCCUCCUUAAACAACAGUCUCAUGCACCUGGUAUAUCACGCCAUAAAAUCCUGCAAGAUUUAAGCGUAUUUGUUGCAGAGGUCCAAAUUGGGACGAUUGUUAAGCCGGGUGAUCCGAAUUAUGCAUUGCUGUCCAAGGCUACGUCGACUAUCCAGCGAUUUUUGGAUUCUUUCCACUCGGAGACAGGGCAGCCUGUUGCUGAAAUGGGAGACGAGGAGGGGAAUGAUGACUGGGCAGCAUUGUUGAGUCAGGAUUUGUGGGAUUUAGAGGCAGGCUUUUGGCGGAGUCUGGCCGAUCAUCCUUCUCUGGUGGCUUUGGAUCCGCCAUUGCCUAGUGUAUAA